ACAUGAGCGUUGGUUUAAUAACAUGUGUACGAAACUUGUGAUCAUCUCACUUUGUAUUCUACCAAAGAUCAGCUCUAGUAAAUCUGACAUAGACAGUGAUGUUUUACAACGAAGUAGAAGACAACUGUUGUUCCCUAAUUCAACCCUUUUCCAAUUCAAUGCAGGCGUCGGUACACCAACACCUAUUGCAACAAUAAACUUCAAUUGGGCAUUUCAAGCAAAUUUCCAAUUACCAUGGAACAGAUCUCAGAUACCGUUAGACAUACUAGAAGCAGAAUCUGGUUAUCCUGGUUUCUCGAGAAGAAAACGCGAUGUAUACGAUGUAAAAUCUGAUCAUGACACCAUGACAGAAAAUUACCAGAAUGAUGCUAAAUUGUAUCACUUUUAUAAAUACGUUGAAGAUGUCCUUAAUGGCUUUGGUUACAACGGAUCAUCUUGCGUGUUAAGAACACUAUGUCAGCUGGCUGCAGAACCAUUACAUGUUGAUGAUGAAGAAGAUCUACUGCAUGAGAUAGCAACAUUCGUCUUUAACCCAGAAAAUGACAUAAAUGAUGAUGGUACUAUUAUACCAGAAGCAACUCCUUAUAUUGACGCAUACAAAUCUGGUUCCAGCAUCGGACAAUGCAACGAUAAGUACAACGACUGCAAGAUAUCCCUUAUUGAUAUGUUUACACAAUUAAAUGAUAUUGAAAACUAUUUUGUAUUUAUUUUCACAUUACAAACAGCUAAAAACUAA